AGUCUAAGGACCGUGGGAUGUUCCAAAUACUCAUCUAAUGAUAAUAUUAGUUAGUAUUAAUACUAGGUACAGGUACCGGAAAAAUUUAAUGAAUCGUUGUCGUUGUUGUUGAGAAACCAACUCUCCUCAGUUUGUUUUUUUUUUUUUCACUUUGGAAAUAACUACUGUAGUCAGUCCAAAAUUGUGGUGCACUUAUUAACCUAUUCACCCCUGGGAAUUUUUCUGGAAAACACGUCGAGCCGUUUUCUGGUCACUGUCUGGCUGUCAAGAGAUAAAACAUGCCUCAAAGCCCUUCACAGGUCCUGCACUUGGCGGCCUUCUUAUUAGUUUGGGCAUACUAAGAAAGCAAAGUUUAACCGUGAUGCAGCAGUCUUGACUAUUUCUUUUCGCUUUCUCUCCUCCCCUCUUCUUUUGCUUUUCUUGCCUUGUUUUUUUAUUUUACCGGGCAUUUACAACUGACAGGGUUCAUUUUUUGAGGGAAAAGUUUUUGGGAAAGCUUUUAGCAUGAAAGGAAAGGUAGGUGGGUAGUGGGAGAAGAAUUUCAUGGCAAUUUUCGCGUCAACGUUUCUUUGUUUUUUGCCUUUUCCUCGGCCUCCUUUACUGAAUCGUGCUUAUCUGGUAUGAUUUGAAAGAUCUCUUCAAGUUAGCUGACAAAGUUCUUGACCGUUAACAAUUAAAAUUCAAAUAACAGUAACAUUAAAUUUACAUGUUUAAACUUGUUUCUUGUUGAAAUUUCCAUGCUAGGAGCCAGUCUCUUUGUAUGGAGACACAAAAUUCUUCUCCCUGGCCAAGCUGGAUCACUCACUUAGCCUUUCUACAAUUAAAACGUUCGUGGAGGAAGAAGAAGCAAAGUAAGCUGAUAACUAGCUCUAACGAAUGGUUUAAUAAAUGUCAAAUUUCACAAAAUGACAUCUUACUUAUGAAAUUUUCAGAAUUUUACCUGUGCUUUCACAAUUCUUGUGUAAUUUGAUAUUUAUUUUCUCGGGCUCCCAUGAGAAAUAAUCUUGGGUGUUAUUACAGAUAACUAAUUAUAUCUACAGCCCUUGAAAAAUGUAAAAAAGAAUGCGAUAUUGUUUAAAUUAUUCUGAUACAAGAUUUUUGUCCACUGAAAAUUUAAAUUACUCAAUUUCCUGGUAGAUUCCGUCUUAAUUCUCAUAAUAGUUACCUUUAAAGGAAUAAUUUUACCAUCCUGAUCUUUCUAGCAAUUAAUCAAAUAAAGCAAUUAUCAACAGACUUUAAGCGAAUGGUUUUCAUGGUUUUGGCGCUGUAAAUUGACUAGUAGUCUGAAAUGUUACAGGUCUCCACCCCUAACACGUAGGGGGCGCGGGGCAUUCCCGACGUUAUAAUGCCGUCCGGUGACGUCACCUACUUUUGCGAAUAUGGUAGGUAUUUUCUGAUUGGCUAUUACCUUUCCGAAAUAGAAAACCUUUUAUCAUUGCUGUCUGAAGCGUGACGUGAAGUAUAAAAUUAUUCUUUCAGGUUGCCAAGUAAACUGGUUUUAGAAUGGUCUGAGGAUGACAAGCUGGAUCCUAACUCGAAGAUCCCAGCAGGAACCACCAUAGGUGCGUAUUUCUCGAUAAACUCUGUUGUAUUAGACAAUUUUCUUGGUAGCUACAGCUUUGUGCAGUUUCAAUUUGAAAAUUAAUUUAAUUUUCUAGACAAUUGAUCAUAAUUUGAUACCAAUAUCUACCACACAAAUUGGUUCUCUUUUGAUUAGCACCAUUUUAGGCCCAUUGACAUGGAUUUACACCAGAGCAAGCAGCAUGUCUUUCUUUAUCGUACUUUAUCGUUAUCUUUUUUACAUAUUGUCACAUUUUAAGGUUUUUCGAUACAGUUUUUGGGAGACCAUACCGAUGUUUUUCAAUCACCUUAAAAGUGAUUUUAUCCUUGUCCGAUCGCUACAACAUUUUCACCGGUGAUUAACUAUGAAUUAAAGUUUGUCAAAAUGCAGUUUUAAGUAAAAUCGAUAUUACCAUGACAACAAUAAACAAAAAACUUUGAAAUCGAUAAAAUCCGAAUUUUGCGUGGUCUAGACCUGCUAUUGAAAGUCCGACACCAGGUGUGGUGUUGGCAAAUAACCUCCGUGAGAAGAAAAAAAUUUCUGUAUGUUUGAAUUCAGAUAAAACACAAGUAUAUUUCAAACCUUACAUUUUCAAUAGCCGUGAAAAAAUGUUUAGUAAAAAAGUUCUCAGUAGCACACAUUAACCUUAAGUAGUGUCAGAAGGCUGCUUAAGAGCGAAUGCACAGAAAAAUCGAGCAAAAUCGGCAAAUCGUGGCCACAGCUAAAAACCUAACUUACCCUCAUUUUAAGUCUGUAAUAAGGUUUUAAUGAGUUUAUAACACUGCUGAGGUUUGAAUUUCAAAAUGCGGCCGUGUUUGGGAAUUAUUUAAGAUUUUCGAUUUCAACGGUCCGCGGGCCUAAAAUUAGCCGCCGAACACGGCAAUAUAGCCUAGCGACAGAAAUGAGCUGACUUUCAUAAACGAGCGAAUAUAUUGGCAAUCUUCUACUUAAAUCUCAAAAAGCAGAUAUCUAACAAUUUCUGAACGGCACAUUUUUUAGAUUUAGAGCAUAAAAUAUCGACGAACCAGCAGAAUUUUGAAACGUAAUUUGCAUAAUGCCUAUAAAUACAACAAUUUACCGCUAAAACCAAAAUCGAAUUUUCUAUAUGGGGGAAUUCUCCAAAUCACCCCUAAUCCCGCUUACUACCUAAUGAGAUAUAGUACUUCAACAUUAUCUGAAAGUUAGUCUGGUGUUCUCGCGAACGCUUGUAAAAUAGAUUGAGGUUAUUUUGCCCCAAACAACCGCUAAUUGACCCCAGGGUCAGUUGACACGUGCACGUCACCUUAGUUUUAUGCAUCGAUUUGAGCUCGUUAAAAGGGCGAAACUAACAAGGUUCUUUUAAUAUGUACCUGUUUUAAUGAAAUACACGCAAUCUUCAAAAGGAGAGGCCGUUCAAUGGGUAAUUUCUGUUCUUGAGAUCUUGUAGAUUGUGCCAUGAUUAUACCAUGGCGUCUGCGAGUGGACCUGAGUCUAGGUCUGUUUUCCCGUGACUGCGAAAUCAGAAUAACAUCAAGAAAUAAUUCUCCCUCGAAUCUUCGUAAGUGAAUCAGCUUUGCAGUGCCUUACCUGAGAUAAAAAGUGGGCCGAAUAGCAAAACAAUUCUAGCGCAAUUUGGAUCCUUUGUGGAACGCAGUGUAUUGCUGAGCGAAAGGUGAGUAAACAAACGUAGGAAAGUACGUUACCAUUGAUUGCGUGACCGGCCAGUAAACGAUAGUCUCCAGCGGAAAAUAGGAUUCGCAAAAAUCUUGCUGAUGUAUAUUUAACAGUUUGUUACUAUAAAUUUACACCUGGUUUGUCUAAAACUUUAAACAAUGCAUAUCUGUCCAAGAGUAUAAGAAUGUUUCGAAAGAUCCACCCCUAAAUAACUGUGGGCUACUCCUUUUUCCCCAUCACCGAUGUGCACUUCCUUCCCACUGUCUUUUGCAUGAGGCUCGUAUGCCUUUUUAACUGUUAUCGACACUUAAAACUGGCCGUUUAAGGCCUGGUUUAAGAACUUGACUGACUUCAAAAACCGUCGCGAACAUGCGCUAUUAUUGUUGGACUUUGGAAGCUUUAAGCCCAAAAUUAUGGUGCAAUCUCAAGAAAUUUGCCCGGGUCUAAUUUUAAGACAGGGAACGGGUACUAAGAAAGGGACGGUCUCAUUUAGCAACCCGUGGACAAUAUGGGCAUGCUUGCCUUCUGUCGCAGGGGCAACCUUUAAGGCCAGGUACGCCGCCCCCACCCGAGAGGAUUGCAUGGCAUCCACCAUUUCAGUCGCUUUUUUUACAUCAUGACCUUCAAUUAUUAUGAAUUAUAAUGCGGGCCUUGAUCGUUGCCACCUUACCAGAAGUCUAAUCUUCGCACUGUUCGACCAUGAGAAUCUCUAUUAUUAUUCCAUAAAUGCACCAUUUGACUUUUCCUUGCUCAGCUUCCGGUAAACCGAUACUCCGAAGCAAAAAUAGCUUUACAACGACUCUAUCCAGGCCAGAACUCCUGAUAUCAACAAAUAUACCCCCUCUAAAGAGAGCAAACGUUCCCCGAACUAUUCACUUGACCCACCCCAUCCCUUCGUUAAGAAAAACUAAGCACUCAGUUCACUGGACAAAACACGCUCGUGAAUAUACCAAACUAUAGCCGUUCAUCCUACAAGCAAUCUCAGUUUCAGCAAGCGUGGCCACGUUUCCAGUUGCUGUAAGAUUAAUUCGACACCUGCAACAGACACUGUAAAUUAAAUAGAGUGUUUUCACUCACGUGGCCAGCAUCUAUGCAAAUUUAUUGGAACAAAAGAAAGCGUUUGCAUAAGAAAGGAGUUCAACUCCUACAGGAUUGGUUUGGGACACCAACAUGGCCGCCGUUUCAUUGUUUUGGGACACCAAUAUGGCCGCCGUGACGUCAUGUGAAAACACUCUAUGCCUUGAAACUGUCAGGACGGGAAAGAUUAUAAAAGACUUAACAGGUGUGCGCGGCGGUUUCCUUUUCUUCCUUUCCUCCCAUUGUAGCACUCAAAUUCUGACCCUGAUAUUAAUUCUAGUAGUAAUUAAUCGUUCCUGAGCCGAUAGGCACAAGGAUACCAGUUUCUUGCAAAAUAUGCUGUGACAUCCGUUUGCUCAUCCCCUUUUCUGCCUUCGGCCGCUGAUUAGGUUUGGUUCUGUGCUUUGAAAUAACUUUAUGAACGAACAUGAUACGUGAGGGGCGUGUCCGGCUAAGGGCAAGUGACUCUCGGUGGUGAAGACAUAUACUGAGCUUGUCAGUAUUUCGUAGCCUGUACCACGUCGCGAAAAUAGAACAAGCCAAAGAAAAAUAAGACGCCUUUCUUUCCCCAGCCCACGCAGGUUUUUCGCAUUACUUUUUACUGCACAACUGAUUCUACCUUUUCGAGCCGGAGCCAACAUGGACGCCCUCCACUUCAUUUUCGGCACCUGACUAAACGCAAGUGCUGACUUGUGCGCCUAUGCCUCGUUUGCACUGAAGUAGCAGUAUAUGAAACCGCAAUGGGCAAGAACAAUUUCUUGAAAAGAGCAAACUAUUUCCUCCUUAGCAGACAUGGAGAACAACUACUAGGACUUAAGCAAUGCCAUUGCUUAAGUCCUACUAGACUUGAAAAGAGAAAGCUGAUGCUUUCUCUUUUUUAUGAUUUACGGCUAAACAGUACAAUUUCAUGUAGCUUUUACGCAAAAUUAAAUACUUAGUUGUUUGCAGAAUUGCAUUUAACAACAAAUUACAGAAAUUUAACUAAGUUUAGAUCUCAUAGAUAAGAAUUGAACGGAAAAAACUUUUGGGGUAAAAAAGUAAAAAAAUGUUUGCUGGAAAAUCACUUAAUGGACAUAUAUACAAUAGCAGAGAUAUCAUGCCUGUAAUUUUCCGUUCAAUGCACCUUAUGAGAAGUCUGACUAAUCCACUGGUAACCCAUACCUUAAAACCGCCUUGAACCUUAAAAUUUAAUCCAUUUGCCUUUCAUGCGUAGUGCAAAUAUAUCUUCUAAACACUCCGGGGUUGGGGGUAAAAUCAGAAGAACAGAACAUUCAGUUACUGUACCAUUUUUAAUUGUGGGACAGUAUGUUUGCUAAUCAUCUUAGUUAACCGCUUUUAAAAUAGGACAAAAGGACACCUGGUCAUACAGGAAAAUGAAUUUACUGUAUCCCGAAAGCUUUGGGUGCACUUAUUUUUCGCAGGAGACAAUCGAUAAAUUCCUGGUCACGCAAUCGGAGGUGAGUAACUAAUUAAAAGUCACUGAUACCAUCGCCGCUUAGCAAAUACACUACGUGCUGCAAAGGAUCCAAAUUGCGGUAGAAUGUUUUCCUAUUCGGCCCACUUUUUAUCUCAGGUAAGGCACUGCAAAGCGGAUUCAUUUACGAAGGUUCGAGCGAGAAUUAUUUCAUGAUGUUAUUCUGAUUUCGCAGUCACGGGAAAACAGACCUAGACUCAGGUCCACUCGCAGACGCCAUGGUACAAUCUACAAGAUCUCAACAACAGACAUUACCCACUGAACUGCCUCUCCUUUUGAAGAUUGCGUGUAUUUCAUUAAAACAGGUACAUAUUAAAAAAAUCUUGUUAGUUUCUCCCUUUUAACGAGCUCAAAUCGAUGCAUAAAACUAAGGUGACGUGCACGUGUCAACUGACCCUGGGGUCAAUUAGCGGUUGUUUGGGGCAAAAUAACCUCAAAAUAAUCAAUCUAUUUUACAAGCGUUCGCGAGAACACCAGACUAACUUUCAGAUAAUGUUGAAGAACUAUAUCUCAUUAGGUAGUAAGCGGGAUUAGGGGUGAUUUGGAGAAUUCCCCCAUAUAGAAAAUUCGAUUUUGGUUUUAGCGGUAAAUUGUUGUAUUUAUAAACAUUAUGCAAAUUACGUUUCAAAAUUGUGCUCGUUCGUCGAUAUUUUAUGCUCUAAAUCUAAAAAAAUGUGCUGUUUAGAAAUUGUUAAUAUCUGUUUUUUGAGAUUUAAGCGGAAGAUUGCCAAUAUAUUCGCUCGUUUAUGAAAGUCAGCUCAUUUCUGUCGCUAGGCUAUAUUGCCGUGUUCGGCGGCUAAUUUUAAUUUUAGGCCCGCGGACCGUUGAAAUCGAAAAUCUCAAAUAAUUCCCAAACUCGGCCGCAUUUUGAAAUUUAAACCUCAGCAGUGUUAUAAACUCAUUAAAACCUUAUUACAGACUUAAAAUGAGGGUAGGUUAGGUUUUGAGCUGUGGCCACGGUUUGCUCGAUUUUUCUGUGCAUUCGCUCUUAAUAUCAUUUUUCGAUGAUAGGAAAUUUUGUUGUAUUUUCUUUCUUGCGAUCCUGAUAACUAACCUGAUUUUUCACCACCUGUCUAAGUGCAACUUUAUUCCAAAUUUUGACUUUGAGCGCUGAUCUGUGUUAUCUCCAAAACGGCUCGACAGAAUUCUUUUGAAACCUCAUCACAUAAUCUUCAUGAUGUGAUAACAACGUCUGAAACUUUCAUUAAGAUUAAUUCACUGCAACACCUUGAUACAGUCAAAACCCGCGUGUAAGAACCUAGCGGUUUAAGAACCUACUGGCAGAAAUUUCCCAUUUUUAUACCCUAAAAUAUAAGAACCUGUUUAGCCAAGCAAAAUAUAUUAGGUUCUUAUAGGUGAGUUAUGGCAUAUUUUCAUAAGCAUUUUUACAGUCAAACCAGGUCAAGCGUUCCCGUCGCUAAUAAACUAAUGAAUUCAUUAAUGGAAAAAUGAUUUCGUUUGUUGAUUCAAUAAUCCAUUCAUAAAAUGAAUAAUCCAACGAUCAAAUUGUACCUCGAUUCAAUAAUCAAAUGUUGAUUUGGUUUAUGAACAAAAUCUACCUGUUCUUUAUUCUUGUCUGUUGUGUUCAAUCGUAUUUGCUUCCCCUUUCCUGCCGUUUACGAUUGCGUUUUUCACUGCUUUUAAUCAUAACAGCUAGAAUAGACAGACCGCAAACGCAAAGAAACUGACAAAGGCCGAGGAUCGAAAUCCACCAAUCACCGCACAUACACUGACCUCAGUUUGACCGUCGUGUUUUCUAAGAGGUCAGGCCUAGGUCUGUUGCACUGAUUAUUGGCAGCAAACUGGCGUACAUGUAACUGUUUGUUUGGGUUUGAACUUCAGAACUCGCCAGCGCUCGACUCUCAGAAAAAAAAAGAGGAAAAAACAAAAUUCUGAGGUCAACUUGUGGAAAGUGUAAUUUUUCAAAAAACAGUAAUCGAAUCAACAUUCGAUUAUGGAAUCGAGGCUAAAUAUGACUAUUGGACUGUUCAUUUUAUGAAUGAAUUAUUGAAUCAACAAACGAAAUCAUUUUUCCGUGAAUGAAUUCAUUAGUUCGUUAGCGACGGGAACGCUUGACCUGGUUUGACUGUAACUAAAAAGUAUACAGAUACUUUAUUUAUAGUGUAUAUAAUUGUUUAGUUAGUCUUGCACAAGGCUCAUGACAAGACAGUUAAAAAUAAUAAAUGCUGUAUCUUAAAGGACCAAACCUAUUUUUUCUGCUUGUACAGGAAAGGUUUCUACUGAAAACAUAAGAACCUAAUUAGGAACCUACUUUAACCUAAAUUGCCAAUAACUACCCCCAAAUAUAAGAUCCUGUUUUGCCAAACUUGGAAAAAUGUAGGUUCUUACACGCGGGUUUUUACUGUAUUUCAAGAGAAACCUAGCCUACGAAACCGGCCAAAAAUGCGCGUUACAAUUUUCACUGUUUUCACGUUAUGCUAAUUUUUCCAAAUUGAUGCCCAUCAUGCAUACCUCCAUGGCUAGCCAUUUUAGUAUGAAUUUUAUUGCAUAUUUUAAAUGUAAAACGUUGACAAUUUUCAGACUGAAAUGUACAUAGCCUGGUAGCAACUUAAACGGUGUAUUUUCCAUUUCUUAAUCAGUUGCCAUGAAAGUGGUGAUUUCGAACGGAAAGGGUGAAUCUGUGAACAAACUGCCUGGUGACAGAAGAAGACUGUUGGUAGAGUUAAAGGUCAUUUGGCAUGGUAAGAGAUAAAUGCUUUACAUUGUAAGGAGAAGUACAUGAUUUGUGGCGGGCUCGUAGUAUGCAUUGCUGGCUGCUCGUAGCAAUGAGCUUUCCUCUUUUUUAAUCAAGCAUUGACUCAUAAAACUGCAACAAAAAAUUAGGUCUCCAUUUGCACAAAAUACCUCUCUCAGGAGUUAAGAAAUUUGUUUUUACACUUGUUAGUUUUACUUGUUUGUUAUUGCUUUUGUUUCUAAUGUUACUAUUACUGUUUUUUUUUUUACCAUUAUUAGAUAACACUCUUUAGAUCUUAGGACGAGGACGACUAGAAGGACGACAUUUGAUUUUCAGUUUUCCCGCCUGUUCUCUAAAAAUAGACACGUCGGAAAGCUUUAUUGUACUUUUUUUUAACCACAAAAGUUAGCAGGCUUAUUUCCGUUGAAGGAGGUUAAGCCCUCUCCUGAUCGCUAAAUCAUAAAAUUCCUAACAUUUGAUAACCUGUUUUCGCCACUACGACAUCCUCCCUACGGCAACGGCAGCGAAAACGUCAGUUAUAAAUUGAAUUCCCGUUUUCUAAAUCUUUGUCGCGUUUAUUCCAAUUUGCUGAUAAUGGCAAGUGUAGGCGAAUUUCCCUGGAGUUGAUUUCUUGAGGACCGCACUCAACUUAAGAGAGGGAAAAAGAGAUUCGUCGUCGCUUGUUUACGUCCUCCAUAAAACUUGCAAUUAGGCAUUUUCACGUCGUAGUCGUGCAAGGACGGUAAAGAAAUGUACAAAAAUGCGUGAUGCACGUGCAAAGUUGUUGUUUUGCGUAAUAAACCUAUUGCUUUUUUGACGUCCUGGUUGCCGUCGCCGUCGUAGUUGCUAAAGCUCCCUAGCAGAAUGACGACGGCUACCACAUUUUCCCGCCAAAAUGUUGGUUCACGCGCGCACCACUUAGUAUUGGGAAAAUCUCGUUGUCGUAGUCGUCCUCAUAUUAGAAUCUAAAGCUCUGUAUUUUGAUCUUAUAAGGAUCGUUAUUGUUAUUUACUUAUGUAUUUUUUGCAGGAAGUGACAAAGAUGGAGAUAAAGUAAUCACUAAUCCUGUCUGUCAACAUGGGGGAAAGAGCCGGCCUUACUGGGUCAGAAAAAUGGGUAACUGAGGGCGCUUUCCAUUUGUCAGAACUGAGCGGCCAAAUCAUUCCCAACGCAAUGCGAAUUUCCAUUUCAAUCAAAUCUCUCCAGCCAGAUCAGUCAAAUCCUAAGUAGUAUGCACCAAGGAAAUGGUUGUUUAGCAAAAACUCUUGGAAAAAGCGUAUUUCAUUAUCAAACCGACUGGUCGGGCAAUGGUCCAGCCGGCCAGUUCUGACAAAUGGAAAGCGCCCUGAGUCUGCUGCAAUGAGAUUUAGUGUUUGUAUCCAGUGGAUAUGGUUAUCCAGUGUUUGAACAACUGGGGCCAGUUGAGUUUUGAGUAUUUGAAUUUACCUGUUCGUGCUGUCAUCUCAGAAAAUAUUACCCUCCUUGGCCCACAUACUCUUCAGCUUUAAGUGUUACUCAGUGAUAGUUCAACUGCACCAUCAAUUAAGAGCCUUCCAGUCCAUCGUAUCGAGUUUACCGUUACAGGUUUGUAAAAAAUGACCAGCCUGGGACAGUUUUAGGUUGCGCUUACGCUAGAUGUGAUUUUUCUGGAUUCGUGAUGAUUGCGAACAAUUUGGUUCCAGAUUCGUUUUGAAUGGGAACAUUGUAUGUUUGAUCCACCCUGUUAAAAUAACUCGUACAUCUUUUGUUAUCUUGUUUCUCCUUUGUCAUUUCUGUUUAUUUAGAGGCUCAUCCAAACAAAUUCACUGUUGGAAUGUUGGAGACACCUCUUAGAGUUGGAGUUCCUUUCCAGGUAUACGUUUUUGUUUCACCCCCCCCCGCCUCUCCACCCCGUUCGUGAGAGGAUGUAGCUCCCUUAGGGGGUGGGGGGGGCACUUCUUUCUAGUAAUAGUCCAAUGGGUAUGUUCCCCUGGAUGGGGUCGCAUUUCCACGACUGGGUUGACUAUAAUUGGGAAUAAUGGCUUUGCAUUUUCCGAAGAGUUACUAGAUCUGGGUCUCAGGUUUUCGGGUUUUUAGGGAAAAAAUCAUUAUAAGAAGGGGCUUAAAAAUGGGAAGUUGGAAUUGUGCAGAAAAUUAUAUUUGCCCAAAAGUGACUAAGAUGGAGUCUAUAAUUGGCCACAGAAUAGCCUAUAGUUGUGAAGGGGUUCUAAGAGGCCAGCAACACAUAAUAAGCAAAAUAUUAUCCAAGUAUCCCUAGCAAUAUGUCACUAGAGGAUGGUAACAAGGUUUGGCUAGUCUAGAAUAGCAAAUAUUAUAGAAUACUAUGUUUUUUUGGUUAAGAUUCCACUGAAUUUGUUGGAUGAGUUUAACAACCCUUCAAAGUUAUCAGAGGAAAAAGCACCCGUGUUAAGUGCAAGGUGAGUGUAUUUUGAUAAUUUUUUAAUGAAACAUGGAUUAGUAACCUUGGUGUGAAAGUCAAUCCUGCCUUCAACGGAAUAACAUAUCUUGUUUAUAUUGUUAGCGGACUGGAGUUGACUCACCAGGGAACAUCAGUGAAGGGAAACAGCCUGAUCGUUAAGGGUGUGGUGGCCCUUGGUUCUGUACCAUCCCAUGCAGGAAAGGUGAGGGGUUUUUUGGAAAACAUCUUGGCCGAUUUGAUUCAAUUUCUCGUAAUAAAAUAGAGUACGACGAUAUCAUCAGUAGCCUUCAUGAUUCAAAAUCUCAAACUUACGUUAAAUUUAUCUGAACAGUUUUUUUGUUUGUUUGUUUGUUUGUUUGUUGUUAAAGGAUUUUAAUCUAAAGAUCACCCUACCAGGACUUGAAGAAGGUUCGCAGAGCUUGAAGAUCAGGUUACUUCCAGGUACUGUUUUGACGCCAUAUGUGGGUUGAGUUUGUUGUUGCUUCUCUCCCUUGCUCCGAGAGGUUUUUCCUCCGGGUACCCGGUUUUUACCUCUCCUUAAAAAUCAACACUUUCAAAUUCUAAUUCGAUCUAGAACCCACGGACAAGUUUCAUCGAGUUCUUAAGAACUCCUAAGUGGUCCGUGGGUAAUACAAAUCACAAUUUACAAUUUUUACCAGCAUGUAAAUUUUCCUUUUUUUAAAAAAAAGAGAGACACUGUCUAAAAAGGAUGCGUUCCUCUGGGUUGAUCGGGAUCAGGAUCAGUGAUCUGGGAUCACUCGGAUCAUGCUACAUCAAAUGAACCAAAGAAUCCUUUUCCAGGGUUGAUUUGUCGGUUCCUUUAAUGUGCUGUGGUCCGAAUGAUCUCUGAUCACUGAUCCUGAUCCGGCUCAUCCCAGUAGAACGCAGCUCACAAGGCAACGUGGCUGUAGGGUUUUACCGUGACGUGCACGGUCCCUUCUCACUCACAAUUUUUGACUCACGUUAGCAUGACUGUUUCUGUUUACUAAAACACGUUUUGUGCUGCAGGCCCACCAGAAUCCCUUGCGGUCACACCAAAUGACAGUGAGGUCACCAUUGAAAACAACAGUGCCCUGCAGCUACAAGUGCAGGUCCAGGACAAGGCGGGAAACCUUACAGUUCAACCAAGCCUUAAUGUUGUCUGCAAGGUAACUAUGCUAAUGUUCACCCUGUUGUGAUUUAACUAACUGUGGAGUAAUUGCUCCUUAUUCCUAACAUUAGAACUUCAAUUUUAAAGUGCUGGUUCCACAACUUUGUUAAGGAGUCAUGAGGCGUUGAGUAUACUCUGUUCAAGCAAAUUGACGAUUGUUAGACGUUCAUUGCAACUACAUAUUUUAAAAUCCCUGAUAGUUCUAAGCUUUUGAGAAUGCUGAAAGCACCUCAGUUUUGAACUUUUAAUGUCAUUUCUAUGGUCGAUAUUUGUACCGAUCAUGAAAAAUUGUCGAUUUUUUUUUUUCAGUAUCACCGAUGGCCAUUUCUGAUGAUGUUUCUUGGGAAAUUAUAUUUAUUUAUUUAUUUACUAUUAUUAUUUUUUUAACAAAGAGGUACAUUGAUGGUGGCCGCCAUCUUAAAAGCAAUGUCCAAGAUGGAGGCGAUAGUAUCAUCGUUCGCACUGCAAAAUACACCUGCUUUGCAGUUUACAAUCGGCGACAAAAUUGUUGAGACAUUGUCCUCAAAUGGGAUAACCUCGAAGAACAAAACAAUACGCACUCCUCCCCCAUCCCGUCCAUUGAAGGUUGGGGUGUUUCUUGUUUUCAACAGGUAGCUCGAACAGCGGCACAACGUUGCAUGGAGGGGGUAGGGAGGGAAAGAUCUAUUUCCCCCUUUAAAGUUGGCGAGACGUCAGACUAGUUUUGUGGCCGAUUGUAGGGAAAUCGCGCGAGAGAGAAAGAGAAAAAAAAAUAGAACGCUAUCAUCACUUCAUUUCCGAGUCUCAUCGAGCACAGCUCUCGACCAAUCAGCGUGUGAAAAAUCGCUUUGUUAUUGUAAAACUUGAAUUUGAUAAGAAGCAACUUCAUGUGUUGUAGCUGACAGGCACACCAGGCUUACCAACUUACAUAGGAGACUGCAGUGCAUCUGGAAAGGCCUCCCUAACAGGUGCUGAUAUCAGUCUGAAGCAGAUCACCAAGGAAACCAAAUUAAAGGCCAAGAUAGAGUUACAGGUUUGUCAUUUGAUUAGGGAAAUGGGAAUGGUCCCUUCUUGGGUUUUCAUGUCCUGCUUUGGUGCGAUCACCCUGGGUGCAAUGCCUCCUUUUGUCGUCUUGAGUGAAAAGGAAAAGAGGAGGUUCUGUCUAAAUCACGUGAUCCCAUUGAAGUCGCUGAAGCCAGAAUAUCUGGACCAAUCGUCAAACUGGUUUUCCAAGUGCGAGCGACCGUUUAUUGAUUAA